ACCAUCGAAUUUGCCAAUGGAGCUCAAUUCUGAGACGUCAGUAUGGCCACUGAGCUUGCAAAACUCCAAUUUCUGCCCCAUGCUUUGUUUUGGGUUGAACUUCUAACAGUACAAAUUGUACAACACAAGUAAAAGACAGUGUUCUACCUUUUCUUCUUUGCUAUUUAAGCACUGUGCUCUAUUCUUUCUAGGCAUUUUUUAUAUCUCUUGCUUUGAUCAAACUCGGAACAGGUAAUGUGGUUUUCAGAGUGGAAGCAAGGUAAUAGGUUUUAAAUGCAGUUCCUUGUCUUCUUUUUUCUUCCAUACUGUUUUUUACUAUGCAUGCAUCUGUUGUAGGUUGCACUAGGUGAAUUAGGCUUGCAUAGUAUUUUUGUCACCAAAUCAAAAUUCAUAGGCUUUAAUCUAAUAAUCGUUGCCCCACUAAAAAAUUGCUAGAACCUCUUCUGAGUGGAUUAAGAUUUUCUUCCUUAACACUUCAUUUGAGUUUAUUGUCUCUAAUUCUCCGCUCAAUUUUAUUAUUCACCCAUUUUAACAGUGUUUUCUCCCAAGGGAAGCUAUCCGUUUGACAUUUUCUUGUAAAUACCCCCUCAGCUUGUACAGUGUUUUCUCCCAAGAAGAAAAAAUUCGAAAAGGACAAUCCCUGAUUAAUCCAAUUUAACAUCGAGUCACUGAUCUUAACAAGAAGAGCUUCUGCAAUGAGUUUGACUGGAACUGUGAAUGAUGAUGCAACUGCUACAAAUUCUCCGUGUUGUUCUGAAGUUUCAGGGUCUGUGUCUUAUUGUGGAUGUUCAUCUAACAACAGUUCCACUCAUCUUUGCAUCAAGUGUGACUUCAAUUGUGAUUCUUUACUCACUCUUGAAAAUGAAGACUCCAAGUGGAUGAUCUCAGAUUCAAAGCCUUAUUAUGGAUGUUGUUCAUCUGAGAAACCUUCAUCUCCUCUUAGCACCAAUGGAAUAAUACAUUUUGACAGAUCAGAAGAUAAUAAUAUUUCAGUGGAGCAUCUACUAGAAAUUGAAGGCAUGCAAGAGUUCAAUGCUGAUGAACCACUUUUUUGGCCAUUUGAAGGGAAAUUCAACUGGAAUUAUUCUGAGGAAUCAAGGAGUCCAUUUUGUAUCUCACCAAGGAAAAAGGUUGUGUUUGGUUCUAGAUCAAUGACAUCAAGGAUAGAGGAAAGUAAACGUAAAGACGAUGGAAGCGAAUGCAGUGUAACAUCUGAACCAUCAAGGAUAGUCAUGCCAUCUAAAGGUUCAGCAUUGGUAGUAAAUUCAGAGUUGAAUGAUGAGAAAGUUGUAUUGAAAAGCAGAGAUGGCAACAAACUAAUAUUUGUUGACAACCUUAAUGAGGAUCAUGGGCCAAACUAUGAGCUUCUUCCAUUGGCUAGAGGAGAUUUUUCUUUGGAUCAAGAGCCUGAGAUUCCAAUUGAGGCAUUGGUAGGACUCAAGGAAUUUGAUGGACAUGAAGGGCUUGAUUCAGAAUUUAAUGGUGAUGAUGUUUUCAUGCUGGAGGAAUCUCUCUUAAUAACUCAUGCAAGUGAAUGUGUAGUUUCCAAAAAGGAUGAAUAUUGAAUAGCAAGCUGGACACUGAUAAAUAUCCGAACAGGGUUUACAUGAGUCAUGACUUUAUAAGACCCCUUAUAAGAACGUUGAAAUUUUUGGAGAAAUAAUUAAAUGUUAUCAAAGAGUUUAGUUCAAUCAA